AUGUCGUCUCUAAGGAAUUAUGUCCCUAGGAGAGCUCACAAAGAUCGAUUUCAGCCGCAAGCAAGAAAAAAAUUUGUGAUUCUUGAAAAGCCCAAAUAUUACCGACAGCGUGCAAAGGCAUACAACGCAAAGGAGAACAUUAUACAGAUACUCAAGGAGAACCCAGAUGAGUUCUACUUUAAUAUGAUCAGAACGAAGACUGUGAAUGGUGUCCACAUACCAGAGUUGGCGAGAAAAAGGAUGCAGGUUAGGACAAUAUCAUUUAUGUACAUGUACAUUCUUAUAGAACUAGGAACUUGA